CUCAAGGUUGCUUGCGCCAGUGAAUGCAUUUUUUUGUGAACGUUGAAAGAAACCUCGUGUCGAGGGAGCAUACAAUACCAGACGAUUGCCACAAUCGAAGAGCGACUUCUGAGAAGCUACCAUGGACCACGCAAGGUCGACAAUAUCCAAAAUUUUCAAUGGAGAGCCUCGCUCAUACACACGCUUCAACCUGACACAGAACAUGGAGGGUGAGAACAGCCAGGUGGAGAUGAAGCUGUCGUCAGACAUGGACGAGGAGGUGGGCGGCAAUGGCGUAGGGGAGGACCUCAACCAUGCCAAGGAACCCUAUGUGGUACACAAGCCUGCCGGGCGCACGCCCAAGAGCGUCUGCUUCAUGGUGGCCACCAUACUCCUCAUCUUCAUCAUCAGCUAUCUGAUUGGCUACCUGUCCCACCGGAAGAAAGAGUUGGCUCCUCCCAGCUGCUCCAGGUCCACCUUUGAAGAAUCCAUUACCCAGGAUUCCGUUAAGAUGGAGGCGGACCCUGUCAUGGACUGGAGGGACGUGAAGCGACUGCUGGAUCAGAAGAUGAGUGCCUCCAGCUUCGAGAGUGCCUUCAGUGAGUUUGCUAGUGAAAGCCAUCAGGCAGGCUCUGCUGGAGACAAUGUGCUGGCCAAGAAGGUGCUGGCAAGGUUCAAAGAGUAUGGCAUGUACACGUGGACUGACGAGCACUAUGUCAAGCUUGUGGAUCCCCCUGCAUCUGGCUCCAACAGGGUGACCUUCAAAGGGUCUGACCUUGGAGCACUGAGGGGCUAUCUGGCCUACAGCAAAACUGGAACAGCGAAGGGCGCAGUACUUCACGGCAACUACGGCCAGAUGGAUGACCUGAGGAAACUGCAGGAUAAGAACAUUGCCUUGGACGGGAGGGUCCUUCUGGUCAGAUCUGGAAAAAUAAGCUUUGCUGAGAAGGUGGCCAACGCAGCCAAGCUGAAUGCCUCUGCUGUUCUCAUCUACCCUGCUGACAGAGGGCUCGGAGGAUCCACUCAGCUCUUUGGCCAUGUCCAUCUUGGCUCUGGCGACCCUUACACCCCCGGGUUCCCCUCCUUCAACCAUACCCAGUUUCCCCCUGUCCAGUCCUCAGGCCUCCCCAGCAUCCUGGCCCAGACCAUCACAGUCAACAUGGCCACCACUAUCAUGAGGGGGAUGGGAGGGAAAAGCGCCCCUACAGGUUGGGUAGGACAACUGGGAGAUGAUGACGAUAUGGUCACGGUGGAGGUCAACAACGUCCUGGCUGAGAAGAUGAUCGUCAACGUGUUUGGAGUCAUCAAAGGCUUUGUGGACCCAGAUCGUUUUGUGGUUAUGGGUGCUCAGAGGGAUGCCUGGGGUCCAGGCUUCGCUAGCUCCACAGUGGGCACCAGUGUGUUGGUGGAGUUGGCACGCGCCAUCUCAGACAUGGUGAAAAAUGAUGGCUUCAAGCCCAGGAGGAGCAUCGUUUUUGCCAGCUGGAGUGCUGGAGAGUUUGGGAGUGUUGGCGCCACCGAGUGGUUGGAGGGUUAUUUGGCUUCUCUGAACAUGAAAGCCUUCUCUUACAUCAACCUGGAUGGAGUUGUAACAGGUUUCCCAACAUUCAAAGCCUCGGCCAGCCCUUUGAUGUACACACUCAUCCAGAGAACGCUACAGGAGGUGAACACUCUCAGUGACUCCGGUACACUCUACUCUGCAGUCCCCGGGCCCAACUGGGAGGCAGCAGUCAUGGAGCCUCUGAGGCUAAAUGAUCCCUCUUAUCCCUUCGUCACCUUCUCCGGCAUCCCAGCCGUCUCGUUCCGUUUCACCACAGAGGGUGAGGAAUACCCAUACCUCGGGACACUGGAUGAUACACGCGACAAGCUGUAUGGCGCCACCUCCAACCAGGUGGCCAAGCUGGCGGUGUCCGCAGGGCAGUUCGCCGGGAAAAUAGCCCUGCGGCUGGUCCACGACCACCUGCUGCGCCUGGAUGUGGAGAAAUACAUCCGCCUGAUCCGCACCCAGGUGUUCGCAAUUAACUCCAAGAUCAAAACAGUGCAGAGUAUGCAGCCCCAGCUGUUGCCUAAGUCGCUGACUGUCCAGUGGCUGAUGUCUGCGACGGGCUCCUACAGCCGAGCCGCCAGUAGCCUGUCAACUGAAAUCGAUAAUAGUAACCUGGAGGAAGCAGAUGUGUGCCGUAACAUCAACGACCGUAUCAUGAGUGUGGAGAGGGACUUCCUGUCCCCAUACACGUCUCCCAGAGAGACCCCGUUCCGCCACAUCCUGGUGGGCUCCGGCUCCCACACCCUGAAGGCUCUAUCGGACCACCUGGACGCCCUGCAGAUCGACCACUCAGACGCCAACGCUGAUCUGUUCCGGAUUCAGUUUGCUUUGGCAACCUGGACCAUCCAGGGCUGCGCCAACUCACUGGCGGGGGAAGUCUGGUCCAUAGAUAACAUGAUCUAAGCCGGCCUCAACAUGUCCUAUUAAACAAAACACCCAAUAUAGCCAUCGGUCAAAGCACCAUCAGUAAGGGUCACCCAUUCAGGAAAAUGAAAUAGAAGUGUUCUGUAUCGAUAUCAAUAACUCAACCUCCUUUUUUUCAUAUGCAUUGCAACUCUCAUCAGUAUGAUAUGCUGUACUUUACCUUCCGCACAAGGCCCCAAAAAAUAACACUUAAAUUCAACUGCCUUAAAUUUCACUUGUUUGAGAAAUAAGUGAAAAGCCAUUAUCACUCUUGCGAGAAAAAAAAAAUUGAAAUGCAUUUCCUAACGCCGCAUUUGAAAUAUAUUGGUGCUAAAUACGAAUGACUAAUGGCCUACAAAUGUCACAGUACUUACUAGUAUGGCAAUAACGCAGUUUUGGCCCAAUAUCCAAGGUCACAAACACCUAAAUUGUGUGUGUAAACUCAAGAGGUACUUUGCGAUUACAACAAAGGUUAUUAUGGUUCUAUUACCUACCAUGAACAAAAUUACAAUUUUUUUACAAUCCGAAACUGCUGUUACUUUACAUUGGAUUCAAACCUGGGCUGUUUUUAUAGAGAUUAUGGUGCUGAAAACUUUAGAACGAGACCUGGUCUGAGAGCUGUUGCCAAAUGGGUGUAAAUGUACAUUCAGUUCAGAAAGUAACACAGAAUAGAUCGUUAUCAAUAAAACGUCUCAAUAUUCGAUUUGCCUGGUUGGUGGGAAGGAGACCGCAGCUCAGCUAAAACCAUGGGCAACUGUGUGCCCUUUUUUUCAAGGGAUUGUUAAAUAAAUGUUAACUAUUUGGUUGUAAUAAUCCCCCUCCUUGAAGAGCAUAGUCAGAACUACAAAUGUACGAUUAUUCCUUGCAAACAAUUGAGCACAUUUUAGCUCUAUCUUCAGUUUUUAUAUAGCAUCUAACUGCAUGCUAUUCAGCCUCACGAAAUCCCUCAAUAUUGGCCACCAUUAAUUGGAUAUUUAAGUGCUAAAAAAACGAAACCUGACGAAUGAGUGGUUUAGGUUAAUUUCCCCAUCUUUUGUGGGCUCUGCCUGUCAAGCAGCAUAAGGGCGCAUUUGCAGAUGUAAUGUUUACAUUGCAAGCUACCGGUAGAAAGUUUGUACAGUUGGCUAAACAUGUGUAACGGAUGUGAAAUGGCUAGCUAGUUAGCGGGUACGCGCUACUAGCGUUUCAAUCAGUUACGUCACUUGCUCUGAAACCUAGAAGUAGUGU